AUGUUUUCACGACUACUAACGUCAAACAUCUACAAUGAGCUUCUGAGAAGCGUAAACAAGAUGAUUAUGAGGACAGGCACCAAAGCCUUAGACAGUGACCCGCAUCGUGCGUGGUGGAAAGAGGCCUCGGUGUAUCAGAUUUACCCAUCGUCUUUCAAGGACUCAAAUGGUGACGGAUUAGGAGAUAUCCCGGGUAUAAUAGAGAAAUUAGACUACAUGAAUAGUCUUGGGGUUGACGUUGUGUGGCUUUCACCAGUAUACAAAUCGCCGCAGGUAGACAUGGGGUAUGAUAUUUCCGACUACUACGAUAUCGAUCCCCGAUAUGGGACCGUAAAAGACAUAGAGACAUUGGUCAAUGGUUUGCAUUGCCGGGGCAUGAAGUUAGUUAUGGACCUUGUGGUGAACCAUACUUCGGAUCAACAUGACUGGUUUGUUGAAUCUAAGGCCUCCAAAAACUCUCCAAAAAGGGAUUGGUACAUUUGGAGACCCGCAAAAUAUGAUGCGGAUGGGGCUAGGAGACCUCCGAAUAAUUGGAGUUCAAUUUUUGGUGGGAGCGCUUGGAGAUGGGACGAGCACACACAAGAAUAUUACCUCCACCUCUUUUGUCCAGAGCAGCCAGAUCUUAAUUGGGAGAAUCCCGCCGUCCGCGCUGCCGUAUAUGACGCUAUGUCCUUCUGGCUGAAUAAAGGCGUCGAUGGUUUUCGUAUGGACGUUAUCAACCUCAUCAGCAAAGUUCCGAGUCUCCCGGAUGCGCCGGUGACACUACCAGGCGAGCCAUGGCAGCCGGGGACGCAAUAUUAUGCAAAUGGGCCGCGUAUGCACGAAUUUUUGCAUGAGAUGAGAAAGGAGGUAUUGGAUAAAUAUGACACUAUGACAGUGGGCGAGAUGCCAUGGAUUAAAGAGCCAGGAGAGGUGUUGAAAGCUAUCGGGAGAGAUCGGAAAGAGUUGGAUAUGGUUUUCCAGUUCGAUAUCGUUGAUAUGGAUCUUGGUGCGUCGGGAAAAUUCACAAAGCACGACUGGGAUCUAAAGGAGCUAAAGGGUAUUGUUAACACAUGGCAAACCUUCAUGCAAGAACACGACGGAUGGAAUGCACUUUUCUUGGAGAACCACGAUCAGCCGCGCUCGGUCAGUCGCUUUGUGACUGAUAAGCCCGAAUUACGAGGAUAUGCAGCAAAGAUGCUAGCCACAUUUUAUGCGUUACAAAGAGGGACCCUAUAUUUGUAUCAAGGGCAGGAAUUGGGGAUGUCUAAUCUACCAAAAGAUUGGGAUAUUACGGAGUAUAAAGAUGUGGAAACUCUUAAUCAUUGGAAUCAGGUUCUCGAAGAGAGAGGCGGCAAUGAGGGAAAUAUGGAUGAUGUGAUGGAAAUGAUUCGAUUUCGAGCUCGUGAUAAUAGUCGAACUCCUAUACAAUGGGAUGAUUCCGCCAAUGCCGGGUUUACCACCGGAAACCCAUGGAUGCGUGUCAACGACGACUAUAAAUCCUGGAAUGCAGCUCAGCAAAUAUCUGAUAAAAACAGUGUGUAUAACUAUUGGCGCUCACUUCUAGAGCUCCGCAAAGGCUACGAAAAAUUAUUCAUAUAUGGUCAUUUUAAGAUGCUGACCUUGGAUAACCAAAUGGUAUUCGCAUAUCAAAGAGAUUUCGGGGGUGCAAGGGCUGUAAUUGUUUCAAACUUUUCUGCAGAGGCAAUUUCUUGGUCAACGGAGGAUGAGGGAUUAGACUUAAAGACCGCCGAGCGAAUUAUGGGAAACUACGAUGACUCUCAGAUCAAUGAUGGGGUUCUGCUUCUGAGACCACUGGAAUGUGCGGCAUCUGCUGUUGGUGUAGAGGCGAGGCCGAUAACUACAUACCUCCCUUCCCCCGAGAGCCCCAACAGCAUCCGAGACGAUCUUUUAUGGAAAGAUAUGUCGGCAUUUACAAUACCCACUACCAACAAUCGAGCCUGUGAUUGCUGUAAUAGACGAAAGGUCAAAUGCGAUAGGGGGCAGCCUUGUCAAAGCUGCUUUCGGGCAGAAUUGGCUUGCACCUACGCCACAAUACCCAGAAAAAGAGGCCCGAAAGGACCCGCGGCGAAGAGAAUAUACGCCAUCAAGCAGGAUCAACUACAGACAAGGGAGACAGCAGCGAGAGCCACACCAGAGGAGGUGGGCAAACCGAGAAACUACUCGCGUUCUCCAAGCCCUGAUGCUGAUGAGCAGGUGGAUACCACCGAUUCACUCCUCCUUCAGUUCAUCCCACCUGGCUCGAGUAUUGGUGAUGUCCAGUUUGAUCCUACUUCUCUCUUUACGUCGUUUUUACGGUUUGAUCAUACACCGAACAUCCACUCAGGAAUCUUUGAACCGCAUCCGAUGCUUGCGCGCUCGUCAAUCGAUGGAUGCUUAGAGUUAUUUUUCAAAAACAUGUACCCAAUCAUGCCCAUCCUUCAUAGAGAAUCAUUCGCCGUGCGACUUGCGAACUACCAGUCCGAACCAGAACUAUAUGCACUUGUAUGCUCCCUAUGCGCCAUGACGAUGAUACAGCUAUUCACCACUCCCGGCAACCAUAGCGACCUACUAUCGCCAAUCUGCGAAGCACUAAUUUCAGAAUCAUUAAGAGCAAGGAAAUAUUGCGACUACAUCGGAUCAACCUCUACCGAAACUGUCCUAACCUCUUUCUUCCUCUUUUGUUCAUACGGGAACCUUGAAAAGAACAACCAUGCCUGGUAUUAUCUCAGGGAAUCUAUAUCUUUUGCGCAAUCUAUCGGGAUGGAUGACGAAAAGAGUUAUAUAAAUCUUGACGUGGUCGAAGCCCAGCAACAUCGGCGCAUAUUUUGGCUUUUAUUCAUUACCGAAAGAGCUUAUGCGCUGCAGCGCCACCGGCCCCUCGGCUUGAGAAAAACUAUAUCCCUCCCUUCGCCCGACGAUUCCCGCGUCGACCCAACUCUACUCAGUAACUUCAUCACCCUUGCAAUGCUAUUUCAAAACGUCGAUCAUUCUUUCCUCGAUCUAUGGAACGAGGGGGACGAUAGUGAGUUUUCGGAUAGCAUGACCCUCAAACUUCAUCAACAGUUACGGUCUACGAUACCACCCGUAACUGAUGCAAUCAGGAUUCAGAAAGCAGAUAUACUUGUAAGCCAGCAAUGGCUACAUCUGCUUGUGUGGCAGCUGAGUCUGAUUAAAGGAUGUUUGUCGAGUAUGGCACCGGUCGAAACCAUGAGGUUACAAUUUCCGGUUACAAUCGCGAAGAGUGUUUUGGAUGUUACAUCGCGAGUAUCUGUAAAUGAUUUGGAAGCACACGGUAUCGGAAUGCAGGAGAAGCUAUUCGAUGUCGGAUGCGCUCUCUCGGAUGUUAUAGUCUGUGUUCCAGACCUUGCUACUAUAUCAGCAUUCGAAGUGAGCCCUAAAGAUUGCCUUCAUGAACUAAUAGCCACCCUUGCAAAUCUACGCGGAGGUCAUUCCCGUUAUUUGAAUGCAUUGAUCGCGAAAGCAGAUGGCGUCCUGCAACUAAAUUCGCCAUCGGCUACAACCUUCCAGCCCUAUCUAAUGGAAACCAAUGAUGACCAAGAAAGUUCCGAAAAUGAGAGGUCCAGAACCAUCUCACCGUCUGACUCCGAUAACCUGACGGAGAUUCUGUAUGUAUAA